AUGAGCACAGAGGAAACCAUUUACGUUGUUGCAGGUCUCAAAGCAGACUUCCUUGGAUUACCUGUUGUUAUCUCUUUACAACUGGUUCCUAGAGUUGAGGCUAAUUCUACACCAACGUUACCAACAACCAUUCAUCCAGACUCACUUCAAGAGGAAGUUGAAGUAUUCAUUGAAUCGUUAGUUUUAAACCUUCCCACCACAGAGGAUAGACUACAGGGAUACAGAGAAGCUCAAGCUGAUAAUUUGAAUUGCUCAGGGGUAAUGCAAUUUUGCAAAGAGAGAUGGCCAAACAGGUGCCCAGCAAACAUAUCUCGGAUACCUUACUGGAGAGUUGAAUCUCAACUUUCAGUAUACAACGGUUUGUUAAUGUAUAACAGUCGUGUUGUUAUCCCAAGUAUCAUGCAAAGAGACGUCCUGAUAAAGAUCCAUGAAGAACAUCAGGAAAUUACUCGAUGUAAGCUACGAGCCAACUCAUCAGUAUGGUGGCAAGGCAUAUCAAGACAACUCGUACAGAUGAUACAACAUUGUUGUCCAUGUCAUAAAGACAGUCGAGGUGUAGAGGAUUUGAUACCCACUGAACUGCCAGAUUAUCCUUUCCAAGUAGUAGGAUCAGACUUACUGGAAUUCAGAGGAGUACACUACCUGAUCAUGGUCGACUAUUUUUCGAUAUAUCCAGAGCUGAUAAGGUUGUCGUCCACUACAUCGAGCAGCAUUAUUCAUGCUUUGAAAGCAAUCUUGGCCCGGCAUGGCAUUCCAGAGAUUCUGAAGAGUGACAACGGUCCUCAAUACUCUUCUAAUGAAAUGAGAGAGUUCGCAACAACUUACGGCUUCACACACAUCACCAGUAGUCCAAGAUAUCCACAAAGCAAUGGCCUUGCAGAAAAAAUGGUGAAGCUGUUAAACAGCUACUACAACGAUCCAGGAUCCACAUCUAGCGCUUCUAAGCUACAGGACAACACCUCUUCCAUGAUGCAACAUCAGCCCAUCAGAACUUCUCAUGGGUAG